GACCUGAUCGACUGGAACGCGGUCCUCAAAGCGCCGAUCGAGGACGUCGUCGAGUGCAUCCGAUGCCGCGGGAUGCACUUCAUGCUCGCGAGGCGGAUCAAGAACCUGCUGCGACGCAUCGCGAGCGAGCGCGACGGCGCGUUGUCCCUCGAGUUUUUACGCGACGUUCCCACCGAGCUCGCGCGCGGGUACCUCCUCUCGCUCGAAGGCUACGGCGUGAAGACCGUGUCGUGCAUCCUGCUCCUCGCGCUGUACCGCGCGGACUUCCCCGUUGACGUGAACGUCGGCCGCAUCAUGGCGCGCCUCGGGUGGGUGCCGCUCGAG